ACCUCGGCGCAUGGGCAGCCAUACGUCUCGACCGCGAGUGGGAAGAAACCGACGUAAGCUGCCCCGUGGCGGUAUUCGUCGAUCUUCUUGUCCGCCUGUUCCCAGGCCAUGUAUCCGCGGCCCUUGCGCGCUAGCGGGUCCCGGGAGCUGACUGGGUCGGUGACGGUGACGUCACAGAUCCAGACCGCCCCCGAGUCCCGGUCACGUACGGCCAGGUCGGCGGUCUUGCCGUCGACAGGGUUGUAGAUCGCCGUUUCUUUCGUGACUAUAAGCUGUGCGUCUCGCCCCAUGCGCACGCACUCAUCUCGGAGGGCGUUGUGGGUGUCGGUGCGACCGUGUCCCGUCCCACAACGGAAGAGGUGGUUUGGUAGGCGGGGGUCUACGAUCGCGACCUGUUGGGCGCAGUUGCAGACCCUGGGUGCCGGGAAAGGGAGGCCCAUACGGAACGCCAGGGCGAUGGCAUAGUGAGGCGGCACCAGCCGAAGAGAUGGGAAUAGGGGGAUGGCGAGGAGCCCGUCGCCGGCGCCAUACCCAGUGAGGGAGAGGAGCCGCUGGGUGUGGCCGCUGAGGGGGUUGGGAUCCAUCUCCCGUGACGCGGCCAAUUGACUGGCGAAGCGGGCUGCGUGUACCUCCAGGGCCAAUCGGUGCUGGAGAGGUUCGUCCGAGGGUUCAGCCCGCUCGGCCUGCAGGAGCGCCAAGGCUGGAGCUGGGAGGGCCGACUCGCAUUUCGCCAGCUAGGUAUGGAGACGCGAGGGUCCGUUGAAGGGAGGGGCCAGGGAGCAAGCCGCUGCAGCGAGUGGGCCUGUCGGGUCCGAAGGAAGGGAUAUGAGCAGCCGGUGGGCAUGUGUGACGCUGAUGGCCGUCCCCUGCCCUUGCAAGACCUCUUCGCCUUCCUCCCACCCCUCCCCGACCACCCCUUGCUCCCGUCACCUCCGCCCUCCACCGUUGUCCGUCACCCCCAACCCCCCUGCCGCCUCACCCACGUCCUCCCUUCCUCCUCGCACCUGCGAUCCCUUGGGGCCCACAAUUGACUCUUGGCAUCUGCUCACCCCUGUGGAGCACCCAUUCCUGGGCCGGCCGUGUCUUGCCGUUCACCCCUGCAACACAGCCUCCACAAUGGCGCUCAUGCUGCACGCUGCUGCUCAUGCUGCUG